CUCAUUUUAUUCAAGGCCCGAAUUUGAAAUAUCCCAAAAAUGUUGACCAAUCGAGCAAAAUAGCAAGAAACACGCGGCGCAGGUUAGCAAGGACCACCGCCUUAAUUCCUCGAGGCAUUUGAAUAAUAAUCAGGACUGGUUGACUGAAAGCGUGAAGAGAGAGAAAGAGAGUAGAGAGAGAGAGAGAGAGAGAGAGAGAGAGAGAGAGAGUGAGCUCCAAAAAACAGGAGUUCGAAUUUUAUAUAUAUAUAAAAGGCGGGGCUUAGGGUUUCUACCUUCUCUCUCUUUCACUCUCACCUAUACAUACAAUACAGGCAUACACACACACACACGCACACAGCGUGAGCUGUUGGAGAGGACGAAAAGCCAUGGCUGCGAGAACUCGGUGCUUUCUGGAUAUAAACAUCGGCGAUGAGCUGGAAGGGAGAAUUGUUGUCGAACUGUACAAUGAUGUAGUGCCGUUAACCGCAGAGAAUUUCAGAGCUCUGUGUACCGGAGAGAAAGGCUUUGGGAAAGAAGUCGGCGUUCCUAUGCAUUACAAGGGUUCCUGUUUUCACCGUGUGGUUAAAGGUUUCAUGGUACAAGGCGGCGAUACUUCUUCUGGCCAUGGGCGCGGCGGUGAAUCCAUAUACGGAUUGAGAUUCGACGACGAGAAUUUCGAGUUAAAACACGAAAGGAAGGUACGCUGUUCGAUGGCGAACACAGGACCGAACAGCAACGGGUCACAGUUCUUCAUCAACACCCGAACAUCUCACCUGGAUGAGCAUGUCGUGUUUGGGAGGGAUAAAGGCAUGGGAGUUGUUCGCUCUAUCGAGCAUCUCCCUGUAGGCGAAGAGGAUUUUCCUACGGUACCUGUUAUCAUUUCCGAUUGUGGAGAAAUUCCAGAAGGGGAGGAUGACGGUACAGCAAACUUCUUCAAAGACGGUGAUCUGUAUCCUGAUUGGCCGACGGAUCUUGAUGAUAAUUCCAGUGAGCUCUCUUGGUGGGUUUCGGCUGUGGAAUCUAUUAAGGGAUAUGGAAAUGAACAUUUUAAGAAGCAAGACUAUAAAAUGGCUCUUCGGAAGUAUCGGAAGGCCUUGCGCUAUUUAGAUGCGUGCUGGGAAAAGGAAGGGAUCGAUGAAGGGGAUAAGAGUCUAGAUUUGAGGAAGAUGAAGGCACAGAUAUUCACCAACAGUUCUGCUUGUAAACUGAAACUCGGAGAUUUGAGGGGAGCACUUUUGGAUACCGAGUUUGCAAUGCGCGAUGGUGAAAAUAACGCAAAGGCAUUGUUUCGUCAGGGCCAGGCGCACAUGGCUCUUAAUGAUAUUGAUUCUGCUGUAGAGAGUUUCAAGAAAGCAUUUGAAUUGGAACCAAAUGAUGGAGCAAUAAAGAAAGAGUUCACUGCUGUAAAGAAGAAGAUUGCUGAUAGACGCAACGUGGAGAAGAAGGCGUAUUCCAAGAUGUUCCAAUAGUCGUUGAGUAAGGUUCGUUGGUUCAGGCCAGUUUUUUGUCGUGCGCAAAUCACUGAAGGGGUUAUAAGUAGUAGUAAUUGAACUAUUUACAGAUGAUCAACUUUUGUUUGGAGAAGAAACUGAUAACUGAGAGUAGGUUCUCAAGAUGACGAGAUUCUUGAUGCUGCUCUCCCCCUUCUGCGUAAAUAACACUGUAAAAAAGUUACGCCUGGACCAAUUUUGUAAGCGAAAACUUGUCGGACCUAAAGAGUAAAAAAAAUAUAUAUUUUCCUGUGCUGUAGCAAAUCCGUACGUCACUUUUUUCGGCUUUGCUUCUCCGCUUGAACUGAUAAAAAAAACAACACUUGAACUGUAUGAUCCUGAUUUUUCGGCCAAGAACUUUAGAUUUUUGUGGCUGAAGAAAAUUUUGAAUUGAUCUAAUUCUGAAUGCUUUUUUUUCUCUU